GCAAGCAAGCAAGCAAGCAAGCAAGCAAGCAAGCAAGCAAACAAGCCGGCCGGCCAGCCUUCAUCCCAUUCUGUUCACACACGCUUCCCACCAACUUUUGUCAGAUCAUCACAUACGACGCGCGCAAUACAUACUAUAGCUUUUUUUUCCCGCCCGUCACCCCAUCUAUCCUCAAUCUCGUAUUAUACUACACAUAACAUAACCACAAACCUUCAUUCGACACUCUUUUCUCCUCUGCAGGAUUCACACCUGCUCAAUCACCCCACCUUAUCAGUCCCCCCUUCGUGGAUGCUAGCUCGAGGCUAGCUAUUUCGUAGUGUACAGUAGUGGACUCGGAGUAGCGCUUGGGGUUUUAUCGCCGCCAUAAAGAAAGUUGGAAGGGUUGCAUCGAGAAAAGGAAAAGGAAAAGUCACGGAAAGCUAUUCAAGAAACCAGCAGAGGAAGCAGAAGCAGCAGCAGGAGAAGAAGAAGUAGGAGAAGAAGAAGAAAAAGAAGCAAGAGCAAUCGACGAUAUCUAUCCAUAAUAUUAUUUACAUCCACUCUCGUCGACAAUCAUAACUGCUGCCCUCGACAUCAACCAUCGCAAAAUCCAAAGGCUUUUCUUACUUUCCCUUCCUUCUAUUGACUGUCCAUUCAUUCUUUCAUUCAAUCACCCUUUCUCUCAUUUGCCUACCUGGCUGGCACUCUCGAGGAGUACGACAUAACGAUAAACCAAUCUGAAGAAUGAAGGCUCUUCGUAGGUCGAUUAAAGGCGAAAAGCCUGAUUCAAAACUUCAACAUAUUUCCUUAACGCCCAAAUCUGCCGUCGCAAUUGUCCCUCCAAAAAAGGUGAUCCGCGCAUUGCACGAUUAUGAGGCACGAUCAAAUCAAGAAUUGGGUUUCACGAGGGGCGACUUUUUUCAUGUUAUAGGACGAGAAAACGAUACGGAUUGGUAUGAAGCAUGUAAUCCUGCAGUUCCAGAUGCGAGGGGUUUGGUACCUGUUGCAUACUUUCAAGCGUUAGGAAAGACUGAGCGGGACAGUGGUCAAUCUCUAUCAGAUAAGUCGCCUAUGGGUAUGAAGGUGGAUCAUGAUUCGGGUUAUUCCGACAUGUCCGGUUCAGGGACACUGGCGAGUCCAUCAGAGAGCGGUGGAGGUCAGAGAUUUUCAAAGACAAUGAAAGGCACCGGCGCGAUGGUUUACGGAGUGGUUAUGUACGAUUUUGCGGCGGAAAGGCCCGAUGAAUUAGAAGCCAAGGCGGGAGAAGCAAUCAUCGUGAUUGCUCAAUCGAACCCAGAAUGGUUUGUCGCGAAACCAAUUGGACGACUUGGGGGUCCAGGACUAAUACCGGUCGAUUUCAUCGAGAUACGUGAUAUGGGCACUGGAAAAGCUGUGCCAAAUGCGCAAGAGGCAGUUCAGAGGGCUGGUGUGCCAAAAGUGGAAGAAUGGAAGCGAAUGGCCGCCGAUUACAAGAACAGUAGUAUUACCUUGGGCAAAUUCGAAGUGCCUAAUGGUUCUUCACAACAACAGCAGCAGCAGCAGCAACAAAUGCAGCAGAGCAUGGAAAGAAUGAGUCUGCAACAGCAAACCUCCAGGCAGAGUCAGCAGAAUGGUCAAAGCUAUGACCAACGGCAAUCACAACAAGCGAAAGCUGCUCAACCCGUCCAACAAGUUCCGCAAAAUCCAUAUUCUACGCCUUCCAAAUCUACUUCCCAAUUGUACGCUCCAAUGUCAGCGCGGAUACCACGAUACUGUUUUGCUGAAGAUAAAUACUGGUUCGUUAUCGAGGCUUCUCUGGAAGAUGGGAGAUAUUGGGAGCUUUCGAGAUAUUACGAAGACUUUUACGAUUUUCAGAUUGCCCUCUUGACAGAGUUCCCAGCGGAGGCAGGAAACACUGGUACGCAGAAAAGAAGCUUGCCAUAUAUGCCAGGACCUGUCAACUAUGUUACAGACGCGAUUACCGAAGGAAGACAACAUAAUCUUGAUGCCUAUGUCAAGAGCCUCUUAACCCAGCCACCAUACAUCUCAAGAUGCACUCUUGUUAAGCAAUUCUUUGCACCUCGCGAAGGGGAUUAUGAGAUGGAUCCAAACGCAGUUGAAGAAGAAUAUCGUCUAUCGGGUGGUUCACAACAGUCAUCAAACGAUUCAAGAACACAAGCAGCAUCUAGGCAAUCUUCGAGAGGUGAUUUGAACGGUGAAAACUAUUCGAGUGGGGCACCUACUGGCUUAACUGCCGCUCCAGGUCAUCAAAGAGGUCAAUCGUCGUUAUCAGUCAGUAAUGGUCAAGGUCCAACACGUCAGACCUCAUCUCUCUCUCAGCCAUCUACCAACUCAUUAUCUCCGGGAGUCAACGUUAACGGGCAGCAACUAUCUCCAUCUGCUAUGAAGGUCAAAAUCUAUUUCGGGGAUGAUUUGAUAGCCAUUCGAGUACCUACCGAUAUUCAGUUCCAACAGCUUUAUGAGAAGAUCAGUGAUCGCUUGAAGAUUCCACAAGGAGAUGAAAUUGCACUAUACUACAAAGACGAGCCUAGCGGAGAAAAGCCCAACCUGAUGAGCGACAAUGAUUUAGACAUUGCUCUACAACGGAACGAUAAGCUUAUUAUUUACGUCGAAUAUCAAUAGUAUUAUUGAUCAUAAAUUUAUAUCAACAUGUAUCUGGUACUGCACUGGCAACAGCGUCUCUUCCAUGAACGACAUGUUCUAUCGCUACUUUUUCUUUUGCGCUUCCACUUUCUUAAUCUGCUUCAGAUGUACAGACAAUUCUUUUGUAAGGGUUGGUAAUAGCUGCUGGUACACUUUUUGGCAGUCGAAACCACACUCAUUUUGACGCAGAUCACCACCUUUUUUCUUUCUUUCUUUCUUUCUUUUUUUUUUUUCCUUUUCUUUAACAAUACCAUUCUUCUUACCUUUUCGUACACAUUCUAUCGGGGAUAAGAAUAUUAGGGAGGCACUGGGCGUUAUCAUUAUGGCGCUUUCUCCUUGUCACCCCUUGUUUUUCUCUUUUUAACAUUUUGGGCUGCAUGACGGACAUACCAUGGACAUUUCAUUUGUUGGAGGAAUUUAGUUACCAAUCGAUUUUUCAGUUAGGAGGAAUGCAGAUGGGAAUGGGGACGAGGGAGCGGGGGAGGAAGAAAAUAAAAAGAGAUGAUGAUAGCGACGACCAAGUUCUUCUUUAGCGUGUGUGCAUGAAUACCUCAGCAGCGAGCAUUUAAAUAUCCAAUCGAAUGAACUGGAGAGUUUGUA